CUUACUCUACCCUAUCCUAUCCUAACUUAGUCUCUUAGUCUACAGACAUCACAGAAACAUACAUGCCCACGGGGGAACUCGAACCUUAGUAGUUGCGGGUUCGUGGCUCGUGAUACCACACCAAGUCGUGUGGCUAUGGAGGCGGGUCCAAAUUUUUUACCAAAUAUACAUUAUACAUAUUUGUUUGGAAAAUAAUCAAUUCAUCUGUUAUAUUUUAAAAAUGAUUAGAAACUGUUAUGAAUCCAUGCAGUCUCUGUCAAUCAACAAAUUUCAUGGAGGAGAGAGAGCGCCAAACUACCGACAUGACAAAACGAUGAAAGUCGAGAAUGAGGCUUAGUUCAAAGCCUGGUCCUGGAAAAUAAAUUAAAUAAGCUAACAAUAACGAAUCACUUUGCUAUGCAUGACAUAUUUCACUCAGUUCGAAUUGUUAAGUUUUAGAAAUAGAGUGGCCAACGAAUCUCAAAGCACUAAAUGGAACUUUAAUCGAAUAUUAUUGGAAAGCAAUUAACAGUAGACCUAAUUACCCUACAAUACUGUGGAAUUGUUAAGUACAAACGACAUUUCAUCAGACGGUAUUGUUUCGUCUUCAACAAACGAUAUUCUUAACAAUGCGUAUUUCGCAUAUAGUCAUUACGAGUACGUUUAGCUGAAUUCAUUUACUGUGUAGUUUCUUUUUGUAAGUGUUUCGGGUUACUGUGUGUUAAUGUGAGUGGAGAAGUGGGAAGUGACAGAGAAUAUGAAAACAUAAGCACGAAACUUUCGUGCACGCCGGGGAAAAAACGUCUAAAAAGAGGUGAAAUAUCGAAGACAGAACGGCCUGUCCAUCGACAACAAAAAUUUCGUGAUGAGUAGCUACAUAUGCCAGGUUUACGUAAUUGGCUGGUGCGCGAUAUUUAUCCGCCCAGGGCGCGAUGCAGAUAUUACAAGAAUAUUAAAAACCAUUCCAGAAGUAAGAAGCACCUAAGCAUGGUGCAGUCUGCUACCGUGCGACAGCCUUCAGUUGCUCAAUUUGUCACAAACACACAACCAGUUAAGAGGAAGGUUGCUAAAGCUGAAGUCAAAUUAUCAGCAUUCUUAGCAGAACAUAAUGUGGCAUUUUUAGCUGCUGACCAUUUAUCCGGUUUGUUAAAAGAUAUUUUUCCAGACUCGAAUAUUGCAAGGGCAACGACUCUUAAACGGCACAAAGCACGUGCCAUUGUUUCUAAUGUUAUUGGGACGUCACACAAAGAAGUGUUGGCGAAAAAACAACACGCCAAAUUUAGCAUAAUGACGGACGAGUCCACCGAUAUCGGAACUGUGAAAAAUUCCUGCGUGGUGAUCCGCUUUUAUGACAAAGAUUCAGGUGAGUAAUAAUAAGAGCUAAUUUUGAAAUAAUAACCAAAUUAAUUCUAAAAUAAAUUUUCCUGUUAAGUUACCACUUGGUGUAUCACUUCUCCUUUUACAGGUUGUAUUGAAAGUAAGUUUUGGGAGCUAUAUAAAGUUUCAGAAGAUGGAGACUUAAAUGUUGAGAAAGCUUCUACUGCAGAAAAUCUCUACAAUGGUGUAGUAAAAACGUUUCAACAGCAUAACAUUGCAUUAGCCAAUAUUAUUGGCUUCGGAGCAGAUGGUUGCAAUACUAUGAUGGGAGUUCGUAAUUCUGUAGCAAGCAGAUUCCGAGAUAGCUGCCCGGGAAUUUUUGUAAUGAAGUGUGUUUGUCAUUCGGUGCAUAUAUGCGCAAGCGAGGCGUGCAAGAACCUCCCAAGAGCUUGUGAGGACCUCGCGAGGAAUAUUUUUAUGGUUUUUUCCAAACUCAGUGCGAAGAGGCAGGCAGAGUUCGAGGAAUUUCAGGUAUUUUUAAACUUGGAACCACACAAAUUACUACAUCCUUCACAGACACGUUGGCUGUCAAUGAUCGCGGUUGUUAGGACUGUGCUGGAAAACUGGGAUGCUCUAAUGCUGUUUUUUAACCAAAAAUGGCUUUCUGAGCGAGUUCUAAGUGCUGAACAAGUUUUUAACUGUUUACAUGACUCCUUUGCAAAAAUGUGUUAUAUGUUCUUAGAGUGGAUUCUACCAAAAUUUACUACUUUCAACGAGUAUUUCCAGUCUAGAGCAGUAGUAUUUGUUGACCUUCAUGACAAGAUUAGAGCUCUCUAUACAGAAAUACUUCUGUAUUUCACGAAACGCACUUAUGUCAUGGGAAAAAAUCUCAGUGAUGUUGACCCAAAAAAUGCAGCUCAUCAUCUGGAAGAUUCACAACUGUAUUUGCCGGCCGGAGUGGCCGAGCGGUUAAAGGCGCUACAGUCUGGAACCGCACGACCGCUACGGUCGCAGGUUCGAAUCCUGCCUCGGGCAUGGAUGUGUGUGAUGUCCUUAGGUUAGUUAGGUUUAAGUAGUUCUAAGUUCUAGGGGACUUAUGACCACAGCAGUUGAGUCCCAUAGUGCUCAGAGCCAUUUGAACCACAACUGUAUUUUGGUGUGAAAAUUCUGAAGAACGUUGGCACACCAGAGAUAAAGAAGCACCCACAUCUUAUCAAGGAUUUUUAUCAUCGAUGCAGGAACUUUCUUGUGACAGCUACGUGCCAGAUCAAAUUACGGUAUGAUAUGGAAGAUAAAGUGCUGUCCAAACUAGCGGCACUCAAACCUACAAAUGCCCUAUCACAAAGUUACCGAGAUACAACACCUUCACUCAUGCCUUUAAUGGAACUGCUGCCACGUAUAAUUCCUCCUUCAGAUCUCGAUUUAGCGCAAACUACAGAUGACCAGUGGAGGCGUCUCCCUCUGGUUUUCUCUUGUCUCCCAGACCCACUACAAAAGGAACAAUCACCGGACAAAAUAUGGAAUAUAUUAAAUAACGAAUCUGAAGAAUUUAAGGAAUUGAGCGUUUUCGCUCUCUCAAUUUUGAUUUUACUUCAUUCAAAUGCAGACUUCGAAAGAGCUUUUUCUAAGGUAAACCUCAUGAAAACCAAAAUUAGAAACAGACUCCAAACCAGUACACUGAAUGGAGCACUUCUUGCCUCUGGAUGCAUUAAAGAACGACCAGGAAACAAUGGAACAUGUGUAACUUUUGAGCCAACACACGAAACUACUUAUGGCAGAAUUACUGAAGCACUUCUUUCCAAAACUUGUCGAUCUUCACAACUAUGCUGCAGCCAGUUCAAAAUCUCUGAAGAUAGGCAACUGGAAUCUUUUGAAUAGAAAGGUUUUAAGCAAGAUUGGACUAGAGCUCAAAGAUGAAAACAUUGAUAAAUUGGCCACAGCCACAGCUGGUGCAAUUGAGCGCUUACUGAAUGAUGUACAUGAAAAAAUCAAAGAGAAAGAAACUGAAAAACUGAAAACAACAGAAAUACUAAUCGAGAAACUUGUUGAUAAACCAGGUGAGAUAGUAAGAGUUCCUGCAAGUGGAAGUGACAAAGAGCAAAUACUUAUACCACUGAAAGAAUUCAUGAAAAAACAAGAUGAGUUAACCAAAAAAGAUGAGAUGAUUGAUGCAUUACAGAAAAAGUUAUCCCACUUGGAGAAUUUAUUGGAACUAAAAAAUCAGCGCAUAAAUGAAUUAUCAACAGAGUUGCAGCAUUAUCAACAAGAAACAGAGCACACAGCUUAAUGGACAUGUGAUGUGAAG